AUGGAUAAAAGAAAGGGAGCGCCAACAGUCAAAAGGGCCUUUACCUCUCAACCUCAAAGCUUCAGACAACGCAUGCGACGGCAACAAUGCGACGAAUCUUCCGAUCAGACCGCGGCAGACACACAGGCGACGCGCCGUUCGAUCGGCUGGGAGGAGGAUCGGCGAGACGCUUUUCGUCGCGUUAGGUCGCGCGCGGGGAAACCGGUCAACGGCGUUGUCUUCGGAAGAUGCAAACGGGAUGAUGAAGUCCUGACGUCGAGGAUGCGGCUCUGCACCCCUAAGAUCUGGGGAAAGCGUCCCAGCUCGGGCGGCUGGGGCCGUGGACGUUUCACGCACUUGGAGCUUGCGUUCUGGGGAGGGCUGGUGUCCCAUCUCACGCAUCCUACACGGGCAGCAGCAAAGCACAGCAGCACAGCGAGCAGCACAGAUACGGCUGGCCGCGGCUCGUUACUCGUCCCGUUGGAUUAUCACUGA